AUGUCUCUCAUAUCGCUCCCGGUAGAAGUACAAGUUCUCAUCUUAUCGCAACUUUCUUUCCGCGACAUCAUGCGUUGCCGAUCCCUAUGUCGCCAUUUUUACGACCUUGUCAACACUAGUAAGGUACUCUGCUUUACCAUUGAACUCGGUGCGGCUGGAAUGAAAGACAACCCGAAUUGCCAAGAGUUAAUGUCUGGGAAAAUCGAGAAGCUCUGGAAAUCGAAUAUCGCAUGGGCCAAUCUCCAUUGGCUAUGUCGGCGCAGUAUUUCACUCUCCGGAAAGACUGGGCAACUUUUCGACUUCUCUGGUGGUCUUUUCUUUUUCACAAGUCCCGAGGGCCAUACUAAUACUGGGAACCCAACGACUAUCGAGUGGCUUACAUUACCUUCACGGCGCGAGCCGGAUGUUAGACACCAACCAGAAAAAGUCACGUUCGACAUGCUACUCUUCGAAUUUGCUGUCGACGCAACGCAAGACCUCAUUAUUGGUGUCGAGCUUACCAGUUUUAGGACAAAUAAGUUCUAUACGAUUAUGUGCAAUUUACACGCAAGAUCAAUAUCAACAAACAAGAUUCAUCCCUUCGUCGCCCGACAUGUCCUAUCCACCCGCUUUGCCUCGCCCAUCACUGACUUCCAAGUAGAUGCUCAAAUAUGUGGGAAUCAUGUUGGGAUCCUACUAUCCAGGAGAUUCGGUGGCAGGAUUAGGGACUCUUUUGAUUUGUUCCUCCUGUUCGAUUGGACUACUGGCUUUUCGAAAGCGAACAUGGGCACGUAUCAUAUGGAGGAGUUCUGGGAAACGUUCUGUUUUCUCACCCCUGAUUCGGUGCUUAUCCCCUCAGCCGUCAACAGCCUCCUCAAUGUCUAUUCCUUCAAUAAUAAGCCCGACUCUCUAAAACACGAGAUAUCACUGCUUCUUCCAGAGCCCCUUACCCGUCGGAGUCUCCGACAUGUCUUUGUGUCUUCGCAACCGCCAACCUUAUCAUCAUAUUUUACGCAUCCGACCGCCGAUAAUCCACCAUUUAUUGCAGACAUGGACGAGGGAAUCUUAAUACUACAAUUGGAUUAUCGGUACCAUUCACACGGCAUACCAGGCGGCGUGGACGAUGGACUCACGUCACAGCAGAUAGUCGCGAUACCACGACGCGUUCUCACUCAAUUCGCGAAUCUCGCACGGGGGAGAACCGUAUGGUUUGAGUCCAUGAUUGAGGAUUUCCACGGACGAACCAACCGAAUGGAACCUUGUCAUUCAAUGGAUUCCCUAAUACCCGUUAAGCCCGUGCCAUCUCAUUAUUGCGAUCAUGAACAGUUGUAUGCGAACGCGUCGGCUCAUCCGCAAAAUAAACGAUUUCCGCACGUACAUUCUGAACAAUGGAUUCACUAUACGCGCUGGGGAAUCGAUUCCGUUUCACCUGAUAUGGGACGCUACGCCUACGGCUCACGAUACCUCGGUAUGAGCAGUCGAGCUUCCCUUCCCAAUGCCCCAGCCUCUUCCAUCGCACUAUACGAUUUUAACGUACGCAACGACCUACGCGGGCUGGGCCAUAUGCUAGAAGAAGAGAACGUCCGACCGUAUCCUGCCGCAGACGAAGAGUUCAAUGAAGACGAAGAUUGGGACUAUGAUGAAGCGACGGGAGAUAGGAAAUGGCCUGUUUAUCCAUCACGGAUAGUUGCUACUGCGAAUGUUGUGAAUAUUCCGGAGGUAUUUAAAGCGUCGUUCUCUACUGCGUUGCCGUAUCGCGUUACGGAGACGGAGAUGAUGCUUCCUUGGGACGCUGCUAUGAUUGAUGGAGAACGUAUUGUAGGAUUAGAGUUCUAUCGUUUCCUCUUUCGUCUUCGUCCUCCGGGACUCGCCGUGACUAUAUGCAGUCCUGUGCUAUAA